AUGGGUUCCAUGCCGACUCCGUUGCGGGUGGCCGUCGUCAAGGCCUACGAGAUUGAGGAGCCUAAGCACAGGGGAAUGGUCCAGUCGUUCCGUGAAAACAUCCAGCGCUACGUCCCUGAUGCUAUUAUCGACGCCUACCGUCCCAUGUUUGAGAUCGGACACCUUCCCGACCCUUCAAAGUACGACCUUAUUAUCAUCACCGGUGGACUGAGCAACCUGUGCCAGGCACCUUCAUGCUUUGAGCCUUGGGUCAACGUCGUCCUCGAGUGGAUUAGACAGGUUGUGGCUACGCAACACGUUACAAGAACUAAGCUUAUGGGCGUCUGCUGGGGCCAUCAAGCAAUUGCCACGGCUCUGUCUGGAUCUAUUGGAAGCUUUGAGUUCCCUAGGGUGGGAGUAGAGGAAUUGUCUCUCAACAAGGACGGACAGCAACUUUUCGGAAAGGACAAGAUUAAAAUUACAAAGUUCCACAAGCGCUUCGUCAAGGACGUACCGCAGGGCUUCAGGGCACUGGCCCCCGACAACGAGAUCCUGUUCGCCGACUCCGGCCUUGUUCUCUCCAUGCAGGGCCACCCCGAAAUCCACGGCGAGCUCGCGAGACAACUCUUUGAUCACGAUGUCGAGUACUACAGCCAGACCUUGCCGACGGAAGAGGCUCUCCAGCGCUACUUCUCGGAGAUGUCGGACAGCAAGGAGGACGGCGAGUUGAUUUUCAAGAAGGUCACGGCCUGGGCUGCUUCAUGA